UCUAUCUCUUCUCUCUCUCUCUGUCUCUAUAACAUAACAUCAUGGUCAGUCAAAUUGGAUAAAGGCUGUAUACCAUUUCAUUUAUCCGUUUUCAUGGCUGCUGGAUUAGACCUCUCUCUUUGAGCAGCCCCAUAAGACAGCCUCUUCAUCACAAAAAGUGGUUUUGCUUUCCGAAAGAGCCUGGUUUUCUUCUCUACUUUUCACUGGAAAAAAGAAAAAGAACCAUCUCUGCAAGUCUGGAUUCAGGCGUGUUCAAAUGGGUUUUCCCGGCCAUGAAGACCACUUCAUCAGUGUAUUUCAGCCAAACAUGGUGGAGGUGCCGCAGCAGCACGAUAUGAGCCAGUGUGCAGAGAGUGAGAUUGGGAAGAUGAGAGAGGAUGAAUUCGAGAGCAAAUCCGGCAGUGAGAACCUCGAAGGGCCCUCCGGAGAUGACCAGGAUCCUGAUAGACGGCCCAGGAAGAAGCGAUAUCAUCGUCAUACUCAACACCAGAUUCAAGAGAUGGAAGCUUUCUUCAAGGAGUGCCCUCAUCCAGAUGACAAGCAGAGGAAAGAGCUUAGCCGAGAAUUAGGGCUUGAGCCACUCCAAGUAAAAUUUUGGUUCCAAAAUAAGCGCACCCAAGUGAAGACACAGCACGAGCGCCAUGAAAAUGCACAGCUCAGAGCAGAGAACGAAAAGCUCAGAACUGAAAAUAUGAGAUACAAAGAGGCCCUCAACAAUGCUUCUUGCCCUAACUGUGGUGGCCCUACUGCUCUUGGAGAGAUGUCUUUUGAUGAACAGCAUUUGAGGAUUGAGAAUGCCCGGCUUCGAGAAGAGAUCGACCGAAUUUCAGGAAUUGCUGCAAAGUAUGUUGGAAAACCAAUGGUUUCUUAUCCACCAUUGAUGGCACCGUUGUCGAGAUCACCAUUAGACCUUGGAGUUGGUAAUUUUGGUGUUCAACCAAAUAUGGGUGGAGAAAUCUAUGGUGGAGGUGACAUGGUCGGAAGGUCCAUGGUUGGAGCCCCUGAACUCGACAAGCCUAUGGUUAUAGAGCUUGCAGUUGCAGCGAUGGAGGAGCUGAUUAGAAUGGCACAAUUGGGAGAACCGCUAUGGAUACCUGGAGUUGAAGACCCAACAGAGGUGUUAUGUGAAGAGGAGUAUAUCAGAACGUUCCCUAGAGGCAUUGGUCCAAGACCUUUUGGUUUAAAGCUUGAAGCCUCGCGAGAAACUGCAGUCGUCAUAAUGAACCCGAUCAAUCUUGUUGACAUACUAAUGGAUGUGAAUCAAUGGUCAAGCGUCUUCUACGGAGUUAUCUCUCGAGCAUUUACUCUUGAUGUAUUCUCAACUGGAGUUGCCGGAAAUUACAAUGGAGCCUUGCAAGUGAUGUCCGCUGAAUUUCAAGUCCCCACUCCAUUAGUUCCAACUCGUGAGAGUUACUUUGUGAGGUACUGUAAGCAACAUUCUGAUGGGACUUGGGCUGUCGUCGAUGUUUCUCUGGACAGUUUGAGGCCGAGCCCCCAGGCCAUGCAGCGCUGCCGAAGAAGGCCCUCUGGAUGUUUGAUACAUGAAAUGCCGAAUGGCUAUUCAAAGGUUACUUGGGUAGAACAUGUCGAAGUUGAUGACAGAGCAGUCCAUAAUAUCUAUAGGCCUUUGGUUAACUCAGGCCUAGCGUUUGGUGCCAAGAGAUGGGUUGCAACCUUAGAUAGGCAAUGUGAGCGCCUUGCUAGUGUAUUGGCUAGCAACAUUUCAGCAAGAGACCUAGGAGUUAUACCUAGUCCAGAAGGGAGGAAGAGCAUGCUGAAGCUAGCUGAAAGGAUGGUAGUGAGCUUUUGUGCUGGAGUUAGUGCAUCUACUGCUCAUACAUGGACUACAUUAUCAGGCAGUGGCGCAGAGGAUGUGCGUGUUAUGACGCGUAAAAGCAUAGAUGAUCCAGGAAGGCCUCCAGGCAUAGUUCUUAGUGCUGCAACUUCGUUUUGGCUUCCUGUUCCACCCAAGAGGGUUUUCGACUUCCUUCGUGAUGAGAACUCUAGAAGUCAGUGGGACAUUCUUUCAAAUGGAGGUGUGGUUCAAGAGAUGGCUCACAUAGCAAAUGGCCCUGAUCCAGGCAACUGUGUUUCUCUACUUCGCGUAAAUAGUGCAAACUCGAACCAGAGCAACAUGCUGAUACUGCAAGAGAGCUGCACCGAUUCAUCGGGCUCCUACGUAAUCUAUGCCCCUGUCGACAUUGUGGCAAUGAACGUGGUACUGAAUGGGGGCGACCCCGAUUAUGUCGCCCUUCUGCCCUCGGGAUUCGCAAUUCUACCCGACGGAGGACUCCAGCCUCCAUCUCCCUCACCUCAAUCAGCACCACCAGCUGCAGCAAUAGGGGAGGUUGGAUUUGGUGGCUCUCUUUUGACGGUGGCCUUUCAAAUCCUGGUCGACUCGGCCCCCACUGCUAAGCUCUCUCUCGGAUCGGUAGCCACAGUGAAUAGCCUCAUUGCAUGCACCGUUGAUAGGAUCAAGGCUGCUGUUACAUGCGAGAACGCAUGAUACGGGAAAGGCACCCCUUUAAAUCUGGGGGUGUCUUUCUCUCUCACUCAGGCGGGAGGGAAUUUUCCCAAAACUCAAAGACGGAAGUCAAGAACGCACCGCAGAUGCUCCUUGCCACGUGGUGUGUGUUGAUUGGUUGUCACAUCACCACCAAGCAAGGGUAUUGGUUCGGGUAUUGACUUUCCCGCUUCUCCUUCCAACUCCCCGCCUUCACUCACAACAAACAAAACAAAACAAGAAAAAGUGAGCAAGGAAAAGGACCCUACUCCUCUUUAUCUCCCCCUGUUUUGUUUACCGUGGGGGUGGUGUUUUUAACCUUCUCUAUUUCUCUCUCCUCUUUCUCUCUCCCCUCUUUCUCUCUCCUCUCUUUCUCUCUCUAUCUAACAAUGUGUGCUUUGCACUUGGUUAAUGCUUGAAAAUUUGUGAAUGUUACGUCC